UUUAUCAAACAAAAUGUCUCUCCUCUUUCUCUGCACUGAGGCAGAAUAGGAGAACAUGGCGAGGAUGUGUGUGAAGAACCGCCAUCUGGAUGUGGCCCGGGUGUGUCUGGAGAACAUGGAUAAUGCCAGGGCAGUGCGGGCACUACGGGAGGCCGAGACCGAGCCUAAACUGGAGGCUGGCAGUGGCGGUACUGGCCCUGCAGCUGGACAUGCUGGAGGAUGCAGAGAAGCUGUAUAAGAUCCGUGGGCGCUUCAACCUCCUGAACAAGUUCUACCAGGCAUCAGGCCAGUGGAAGCAGGCGGUGGAGACCGCAGAGACCCACGAUCACAUCCACCUCAGGACCACCUACUAAAGCUAUGCCAAAUACCUGGAGGCCAUCGGACACAAGAGCAUGGCCCUCGUAUUGUAAUGAGCCAGCUUAGCACUGAUGCUAUGACUGUUAACAUUUGAUAAGUUAGCAUUUAAUUUGACUAUGUUAGCAUUUGAUACAUGCAGCAAAUCAGUACUGGUCUACAGUGCAUUAGCAUUUUCACUUGAACCUUGUUCUUGUGUAUACAAAAUAUAUGAAAUGCAUGGUUAUCUGAAUGCAUUUAUAACAUAUCCAAGUAUAUCCAUCUUAUUUGUACAGUAUGGGUAGAUUUAUCAAGGCAACAAACUAUCAUUAUAGUAGAUACAGGGUUGGGUAGGUUACUUUCUAAAUGUAAUCUGUUAGUUACUCAGUUACCUGGCCAAAAUUGUAAUCAGGAAUGUAACUAUUGGAUUACCCAAACUCAAUAACGUAAUCUGAUUACUUUGUUACUUUUGGAAUACUUUUCCCUUAACUUAACUUCCCUUAACUACAGAAUCGGCGUUCCGAAAUCAGGACAGUUGCUGCUCAAUAUGCUAUAUGUGACUAGAAUGGCGUUGUAAACAACAGCCAACUUUCCCGGGACAUGGACAUGUCUUAUAUCAUCAGAAAACUUAAAUGAUUGUUAAUCUAACUGCAGUGUCCAAUUUACAGUAGCUAUUACAGCGAA